CGAUUUUAUACCUUGUUUUAAGUAUUUAGUCUUCCUAUAAAUGCAGGGAGUUAAAUAAGAGCAGGAAAUCUUUUGAGGAAGUGGAGUGACAGCCCCGCUGUAAAUCAAGAUGGCAGGUCUGUCUUUAUAUUUUGAAGAUGGCCACGAUGAUUUGGAUGACUUUGGAUUCGAUGACUAUGGUUCAGAGUGUGAAGGGAUUCGGAUAACAGCAUUCCUGGAUGCAGGCCAGGAUAACCUCACACCUCUGGGACGGCUGGAGAAAUAUGCUUUCAGUGAAAACGUCUUCAACAGGCAAAUUGUGGCACGUGGAUUGCCAGAUGUGCUCCGGGAAUUCAGUGAAAAUGAAAAUGACUUCAUCAGCGUCAUGGAAACAGUUGCCAGGAUGUCUGAGGAUGGAGAACCAACGGUGCGAGCAGAGCUGAUGGAACAGGUUCCAAAUAUUGCCAUGUUCCUCCAUGAAAAUCGACCCAAUUACCCAGAAGCCUUCUCUAGGUACCUGGUACCCAUUGUGGUCCGAUAUCUCACAGAUCCUAAUAACCAGGUGCGAAAGACGAGCCAGGCUGCUCUACUGGUGCUGCUUGAACAGGGUCUGAUGAGUAAGGCAGAUAUGGAAGGGAAGGUCUGCCCUGUGCUUCUGGACCUCACAGAACCCAGCAGUGAUGACGACUACAAGAUCGAAGCCGUUGCGAUCAUGUGUAAGUUGGUGACAAUGUUGACUAAAGACACAGUGGAGCACCUUCUGUUGUUGCGAUUCUGUGAACUCUGCAGUGACGUCAGACUAUUCCAAGUCCGCAAGGUCUGUGCAGCAAAUUUUGGUGAGUUCAGUUCUAUUGUUGGCCAGGAAGCCACAGAGAAACUACUGAUGGCAAAAUUUUUCGACCUGUGUUCGGACAGUCUGUGGGGUAUUCGGAAAGCCUGUGCAGAGUGCUUCAUGGUUGUUUCAAAUUGCACUUCUGCGGAGGUGCGACGCACUAAACUGUCCCCCUUGUUCAUCAACCUUAUUAGUGAUCAGUCACGCUGGGUACGCCAGGCUGCGUUCCAAUCUCUAGGCCGUUUCAUCUCCACAUUUGCCAACCCUUCGCUCACUGGACUGCACUUCUGUGAGGACGGAACCCUUUGCGAGAUACCCAAGAUCUCCUCUGUGAGCCAUGGGCAGGAAGUGAUCACCAGAUUCUCAAAUAACUCCUGCAAUGCCUCAAGAUAUAGUUUCUCAAACAGUCUCACUCAGCCAACCUCAGUCCAGCUACAAACCACCUCAGACACAGCAGCUCCACCAUCACAACCUCAUGAGGGCCACCAGCAUCCCACCCAACCACAGGAAGAGAGAACCUCCCAUGGCCAAUCUGAAUGCUCAGAAUCUUCCUCCAAGCAGAAGACGGAUGACUGCACAAUGUACAACUCCUUCAGCUUCUGGAGAUCCCCACUGCCUGACAUCACCCAGGACCUCCAACUACUGCGAGGAGAAAGAUAUGAAGAGGAAAGGGGCCAAAAACAGACUACAAGGGAGGGAGAAGAUUGGGAGAAAGAAAAAGUGCCAUGUUUAGAUUCACAAGGUCCAGCCACCAGCUCACAGAUCCAGAAGGUUUUGGACUGUCUUCAGCCCCACCUAGAUGAUCCUGAUGUACAAGCUCAAGUGAAGGUGUUGUCUGCUGCACUGAAAGCUGCCCAGUUAGAGAGUCAGACAGAUGAUGCUGAUGACUCUGUGUCAGAAAGCAACAGUUCUGCAGGCUCCCCGAUGUCUGAGCUUAGUGCCAUGAGUGAACUCUCAUUGACAGAUGCACAGAUCUCAGACUCGCCCUCCACAUCACCUGUGCUGGUGGAUGACUCUGAACCCAGCAGUGAGGAGUCAGACCUCAUAGAAAAUGUGAAGGAAGACCGAGACUCUGAAACAACCAAAACUUCUGAAGAGGAAAAGUCUAAAGUUCAGAAUGUGAUUCCCCAGCAGUUGUUGGAUCAGUAUUUGUCUAUGACAGACCCCGCUCAAGCUCAGACUGUAGAUACUGAGAUCGCCAAACACUGCGCUUUUAGUUUGCCGGGAGUUGCCCUAACGCUGGGCAGACAAAACUGGCACUGCCUCAAAGACACGUACGAGACCCUCGCUACAGACGUACAGUGGAAGGUGCGUCGGACAUUGGCGUUCUCUAUCCAUGAGUUGGCAGUGAUUCUGGGGGAUCAGCUAACGGCAGCUGAUCUGGUGCCUAUAUUUAACGGCUUCCUCAAAGAUCUAGAUGAGGUGCGGAUAGGAGUCCUCAAACACCUGUAUGACUUCUUGAAGCUUCUUCAUGCUGAGAAGCGUCGGGAGUAUCUGUACCAGCUACAGGAGUUCAUGGUGACCGACAACAGCCGAAACUGGAGAUUCCGAUAUGAGCUUGCUGAACAGCUCAUCAUGAUCAUCGAGUUAUACAGCCACAACGACGUCUAUGACUACCUCAGACAGAUAGCACUUAACCUCUGCUCUGACAAAGUGUCUGAAGUCCGGUGGAUCUCCUAUAAAUUGGUGGUGGAGAUUUUGCAGAAGCUGUAUUCCUGUAAAGCUCAUGACCUAGGACUCAAUUUCAUUAAUGAGCUCAUUAUGAGAUUCUGCCACUGUCCCAAAUGGGUUGGACGGCAGGCAUUUGCCUUCAUUUGCCAGGCUGUAUUGGAGGAGGACUGUAUGCCUAUGGAACAGUUUGCACAGCAUCUUCUGCCAAGUCUGCUCAGCCUCUCAUCUGACCCUGUGCCCAACGUUCGCGUGCUUGUGGCAAAGGCAUUACGGCAGAGCGUGUUGGAAAAACCAUACUUUAAGGACCCAGGCAGCGCAUACUCUGAUGAAAUCGAAGAGGCUCUGUCUGAACUGAGGAUGGACAAAGACAGGGACGUGCGGUUCUUCGCUACGCUGGAUCCCAACAGGAACGUCAUGGACACGGCAGAGCUCAUUUAGCACCUUGUACUGUCUGCACACAAAAACAAGCACCUGCAGGAGCUACACUACACCACUUCACACAAACACACAUUAACACAUAGGACCAAUUGACCUACACACACAUUUAUUCUAAAUAAUCAUCCCAUACUUUAGUGCAUAUAUAAUGUAUUUUCUCAUUUAGACACCCAGUGGGCCUCAUUUAUGAAACUUUGUACCUAUAUAGAACUUUGUACAGAUGAAGUCAGAAGUUUACAUACACCUUAGUCAAAUAUAUUUAAACUCAGUUUUUCGCAAUUCCUGAUAUUUAAUUGUAGAAAACAUUCCGUGUCUUACGUCAGUUAGGAUCACUACUUUAUUUUAAGAAUGAGAAAUGUCAGAAUAAUAGUAGAGAGAAUUAUUUAUUUCAACUUUUAAAUCUUUCAUCACAUUCCCAGUGGUUCAGAAGUUUACAUACACUUUGUUAGUAUUUGGUAGCAUUGCCUUUUAAAUUGUUUAACUUUGGUCAAACUUUUUGGUAGCAUUCCACAAGCUUCUCGCAAUAAUUUGCUGGAAUUUUGGCCAAUUCCUCCAGACAGAGUCAGGUUUGUAGGCCUCCUUGCAGGUCUCCUUGCUCGCACACGCUUUUCAAUUGAGGUAAGGGCUUUGUGAUGGCCUCUCCAAUACCUUGACUUUGUUGUCCUUAAGCUAUUUUGCCACAACUUUGGAUGUAUGCUCAGGGUCAUUAUCCAUUUGGAAGACCCAUUUGCAACCGAACUUAACUUCAUGACUGAUGUCUUGAAAUGUUGCUUCAAUAUAUCAACACAAUUUUCCUUCCUCAUAAUACCAUCUAUUUUGUGAAGUGCACCAGUCCCUCCUGCAGCAAAGCACCCACACAACAUGAUGCUGCAACACUCAUGCUUCAAGUUUGGGAUGGGAAUUUUUGGUUUGCAAGCCUCACCCUUUUUCCUCCAAACAUAACAAUGGUCAUUAUGGCCAAAAAGUAAAAUCUAUGUCCCCAUGUGCACUUGCGAACUGUAGUCUGAAUUUUCUAUGGCAGUUUUGGAGCAGUGGCUUCUUCCUCACUGAUCAGCCUUUCAGGUUAUGUGGAUAUAGAUUGUUGUCUACCUGUUUCCUCCGGCAUCUUCACAAGGUCCUUUGCUGUUGUUUUGGGAUUGAUUUGCACUUUUCACACCAAACUAUGUUCAUCUCUAGGAGACUGAAUGGGUCUCCUUGCUGAGCGGUAUACUGGCUGUGUGGUCCCAUUGUGUUUAUUUUUGUGUACUAUUGUUUGUACAAAUGAACGUUGUACCUUCAGGCAUUUGGAAAUUACUCUUUGUUCUUGGCUGAUUUCUUUUGAUUAUCCCAUGAUGUCAAGCAAAGAGGCACUGAGUUUGAAGAUAGGCCUUAAAAUAUAACCACAGGUACACCUCCAAUUCAGCACACCUCCUAUCAGAAGCUAAUUGUCUAAAGGCUUGACAUAAUUGUCUGGAAUUUUCCAAGUUGCUUAAAGGCACAGUUAACUUGGUGAAUGUAAACUCCUGACCCACUGGAAUUGUGAUUUUCAAUUUUAAUUGACUAUAAUCUCCCUGUAAACAAUUGUUGGAAAAACAACUUGUCAUUUUACAAAACUAUAGCUUGCUAAUAUUAAAUCUGUGGGGUGGUUAAAUUAGUUUUAAUGACUUCAACCAAAGUGAAUGUAAACUUCUGACUUCAACUGUAUCUAUACAUUUACAGAAAUAGUGUCCUUAAAACUUUACAGUGUAUAUGCAAAUGCAAGAUGUCCCCCAAUCCAUUGGUUUAUACUAAUAAGAUUGCACUAAUAAGGAUUCACACUGGUCUUCAUUAGAACCUCAUAGCCUUGCAAAAUAAUUGUCCAGCCUAAAAACUGCAUACAUUAAAUGUGCACAGGGUUGGGGAGUAACAAAAUACAUGUAACGGGAAUACGUAAUUAAAAUACUAAAUGUAAGUAACUGUAUUCCACUACAGUUCCAAUUUAAAUCAUUGGUAUUUAGAAUAGUUACAUUCAAAAAGUAUUUCUGUUACUGAACAGAUUACUUUGCAAUUUAUUGUCAUUUGUUUCAUUUAAUAUUUAGUCCUUUCAGAUGGAAAACAUUUAUACAUAUAAAUUAUGCGAUCCAAAGUGCAUUUGAACAGCGGUGAAACACUUUCUUAUGAUAUAACAUUCAUACGAGCAGACAGAGAAGUAAGUUUGGUGCACAAGAAAUAGAAAUAAACCUUUUGUAAAUUGUCAGCUUUACGCUAAGCUAAAAUGCUAUUUCUAGCCAUUUUACAUGCACAUGUUACCAUAUUUGGAUCGUAAUUUUUUUUUCUAGGAUGACCUUUUGAGAUUAGGGCAAAAAUUUUAUUGUUGAGGAUAAUUUGUUUUGUUUUCUUAAAAAAUAUAUCUAAAAAUCCUUUAAACAAGAUCAAUCUGAUUCAUCUUGUUUUCGAAAAAACACUGCAUAAGAUAUUUAGGUUUUUCAGAGAAUGUAUUUUUAACGUGUAUUUUGUUAAAAAAUAAAUAAAAAAUCUACCACUGUUGAAGAAGUAAUCCAAAAUAUUUGAGUAAUCUAACAGAAUACAUUUCAAAUGACAUUUUACAGCAUGUAAUCUGUAGUGGAAUACAUUUCAAAAGUAACCAUCCCAACCCUGAAUAUGGAGCAAUACUUGUCAUACUUAGUACAUAUACUUCACAUGCUCUUCAUUGCUCUAUAUAUUGUUAGAUUGACAUCAUUGACAUUGUCAACAUAAUGCUGCCAAUCAGAUAAAAAUGAAUGUAAAAUUUUAGCACAUAUUUGUUCAUGUUUCAUAAAUAAGGCCCAUCAAUUUAAUUUAGCCCCUUUUACACACAUACAUGCAUACAUACACACAUGCCUGCAAACGCAGAAAAACCAUCUCACCUCUCUGAACUGUGAGGCAACAAAAAUUAUUUGGAGAUGCCAGACAUGCACCAAGAAGCAUCUUGACUGUGGAUCACAUCACUUUUCCUUGUCAAACAUUUUGGAUGCUACAAGCUGCCUCUCCACAGCUAACUGUAUAUUUGUGAGACUUUUUUAUUUUUACUUUUUUGUGGAUUUCUUACAAAUAAAAGUGUAAGAUGACAUAAGCAGA